AUGCCGGGCAGACGACGUUCAAGCGUCUUUCGCCGGAUGUCGGUCAGCUCUCAACUGGAUGAGAUCAAGUUGGAGGUGCCAGAAAUCAACGGCGGCACUCAGAAGGCCAGCAUUACAGACUUUGACCCGUUAAAAGUCCUUGGACAAGGAGCAUAUGGUAAAGUAUUGUUGGUCAAGAAUAAGCAAACGGGACGGCUGUUUGCGCAAAAGGAGCUGAAGAAAGCUUCGAUCAGUGUCAACUCGAAAACUUACGAAAGAACGUUCUCGGAAAGAACAAUUUUGGCCUCUGUUUCGUCCCACCCAAAUAUAGUCAAACUGUUCUACGCUCUACAUGACGACGAGAAAUUGUACCUGAUGCUCGAAUACAUCCCUGGCGGGGAAUUGUUCCAGCACCUGGCGCAACGCAAGUUUCUCGACGAGAAGUGCACCUCGUUCUAUGUUGCCCAAAUGGCCCUGGCUUUGCGUCAUCUGCACAAGACAGGAACCGUGUACCGCGACCUGAAGCCGGAAAACUGUUUGCUCGACAAGGACGGGUACCUUGUUUUGACCGAUUUCGGACUGGCGAAACAGCCGCUCGACCACGACUCGGAUAACUGGUGCCACUCGAUCAUCGGAACCCCAGAAUACUGCUCCCCGGAGGUGCUCCGUGGGGAAGAAUACGGAACAAAAACAGACUGGUGGUCUUUGGGAUGUGUGAUGUUUGACCUACUAACGGGCGCACCACCUUUCACAGGAAACAACCAUAAGACCAUCAUUGAUCGGAUACUCAAACAGAAACCCAAAUACCCAUUCUAUCUAACCUCGGACUCGAAAGAUCUGCUUGCCAAGCUUUUGAACAAAAACUCGUCCAAGCGGCUCGACGUGGACUCCGACUGGACCAAGUUCUCGAAACACCGGGUGUUCCGAUACUACGACUGGAAAGACUUGGAAAACCGCGCGGUUGCUGCGCCGAUCAUCCCCACCAUCACCGACCCAGAAAUGGCUGAGAACUUCGACGACAAGUUCACCAGCCAGAGGUUCACAGCAUGCGAGACCAAACCCAUCGACAUUGUCCAAAGCCCGCAGGCGGAGCCGGACCAUUUCAAGGGGUUCUCCUUCACUGCAAGCGAUACCGUGUUGCAGCCGUACCUGGCCCCCAGUCUAUAA